CUAAAAUCCUACUGUGUCUUUGGGCCGCAUGUGACCACAGUGCCCAUGGCCCAGCCUACCACGGCCUUUUCCCCCUUCCUCUGUUCCUCUGUACAGACAAGAGACAGGGGCCAUGGCGUGGCACGCAUCCACCCCCACCAUGGCCACUGCCGUCGUCAUGUCGGGCAUCCCGCGGCCCUCCUGGUGUAUAAGAACGUCGUCGGCCCCCUGGCGAACCCUAGCGCCCACUUUCCCCUCUCCAUCGCUCGCUUCUCCUCCCCAACGCGAACCCGACGUUGUCGUCGCCAUGGCCAACCUAGCCUGCGUGUUCCUCGUCGUCCUCGCCGGCAAGGAGCUUGUUCAAAAGCUCUGUCUGCCUCUGCUGCUUCCAUUACGAGGUUCGGAUUGAGCCGGGCGCCUUCGCAUCGCGGGGAUCGAGCCCAUCUUCAACCUCCGUUCGCCGCCGUGCGACGCGUCGAUCCGCACGUCCCCGAUAGUCCCCGGCCUCGUCGAGCCUCCAUCAAGCUCCGUUACCCCGAGACCGCUGCUGAUGCCCCUGUGAUCGACUACGUCGACGACGACUCUCCUUCUUGUUUGAGCAACCAGAUGGUGGAUCCCUGGAGCCAGAUGCCACCGCCGAUGGAUGCUGCUACGUGAAGACCGCCGACGACCAG